CCGGAUGGCUCCUAUAAUUAUCCUGGAGCCUGCGGGUGGUUGCCUCUGCGACCAGCUGGUGCACAUCGCCGUGCGCGGCCUGGCCCCCGAGCAGCCCGUCACGCUGCACGCCGCCAUGCGCGACGAGAGAGGCGCGCUCUUCCGCUCCCACGCGCGCUACCGCGCCGACCCCCACGGCGAGCUGGACCUGGCGCGCGCGCCCGCGCUGGGCGGCAGCUUCGCGGGGCUCGAGCCCAUGGGGCUGCUCUGGGCCAUGGAGCCCGAUCGGCCUUUCUGGCGCCUGAUCAAGCGCGACGUGCAGACGCCCUUCGUGGUGGAGCUGGAGGUGCUGGACGGCCACGAGCCCGACGGCGGGCGGUUGCUGGCGCGGGCGGUGCACGAGCGUCACUUCAUGGCUCCCGGGGUGCGGCGCGUGCCCGUGCGCGAGGGCCGUGUGCGCGCCACGCUCUUCCUGCCUCCAGGAAAUGGACCCUUUCCUGGGAUCAUAGACCUUUUCGGAGUUGGAGGUGGCCUUCUGGAGUAUCGAGCAAGUCUGCUGGCUGGGAAGGGCUUUGCUGUCAUGGCUCUGGCUUAUUAUAAGUACGAUGACCUCCCCAAGAGCAUACGCACUAUCCACCUGGAGUACUUUGAGGAAGCCGUGAACUACCUGCUCAGUCACCCUCAGGUAAAAGGUCCAGGAAUUGGGCUGCUUGGGAUUUCCAAAGGGGGUGAACUUGGCCUUGCUAUGGCCUCCUUCCUGAAGGGCAUCAAGGCUGCUGUCUUCAUCAAUGGCUCUGUGGCCGCUGUUGGGAACAUCAUAAACUACAAGGAUGAGACUAUCCCUCCUUUGUCUUCUUUGAGAGAUCGAUUCAAAGUGACAAAAGAUGGCCUCUUGGAUGUUGUGGAAGGGCUUCAAAGCCCUUUGGUAGAGACGAAGAGCUUGAUCCCUGUGGAAAGGUCUGACGCCACCUUCCUGUUCCUUGUGGGUCAGGAUGACCACAACUGGAAGAGUGAGUUCUAUGCCAAUGAGAUCUCCAAACGCUUACAGGCCCAUGGGAAGGAGAAGCCCCAGAUCAUCUUAUACCCAGAAGCGGGGCACUAUAUUGAGCCCCCUUACUUCCCCCUGUGCAAGGCUGGCAUGCACGUCCUGGUGGGUACUAAUAUCAUCUUCGGAGGGGAGUCUAAGCCUCAUGCCAUGGCCCAAGUGGAUGCGUGGCAGCAACUCCAGACUUUCUUCCACAAACACUUGGGUGCUGAAGAGAGGACGAUCCCAGCAAAACUGUGAUUUUUUUAUUCAACAUCUCUAAAGCAGGUCUCUCCUGGGAAUAGCCUCCACUCUACGUGUGUGUGUGUGUGUUUAUAUUCUACAUAAAGGUAGAGGUCUCCCCUCAAUUUUUUUUUUAUCUACAGGUCUUAACAGUCUGGGAAGGGAGUGAUUGUGCAGAAAACGUAAGGUCUGGCAAAAGCUGAUCUCUUGCCUUGGCUCAGUCUGCAGGUGACGAAGCUAUUGCUCUGAAAGAAAGGCUGUGUCACCGUUGCAGUCCUGGAGUUCAGCAAUCAUUUGCUAAAUAGCUGAUUAAAAAAUAAUGAUUACCUACUGUUUAAACAAGCAUCAAGAGGGGCUGGAAAGAUGGCUCAGCAGUAAAGAGCACAUACUGCUCUUUUAGGACCUAAGUUUGGUUCCCAGCGCCCGAACCAAGCAGCUCACAACUGAAUGUAACUCU